AUGGAAGUCUCUUUAGAGCUGUUGGAUGACUUUGCCAAUGUGUCACAUGUUUUAGACAGUCUCUGCUUAUCAUUUGCCUUUCUCUAUUCCUUCUCCUGUCUGCCUGUAGCUUCCUCUACUUGUGAUUGCUUAUUGUGUGAACCUGCUUGGCUGGUGCCUCUGGCCACCACGGGGUUGGAACACCAUAUCCCUGUCUCUGUUAACCAACCUGGAAUGGAACAAUAUGUAACUCCUCUUAGAACGUUGCUGUAUCUUGACACUCUGUCACAGCAAGCACAGUUAAACGCCAGCAAUCUAGAUACAGUGUUUCAAGAAUUGGCGUCUGGAAGGACUUUUCCCUUGCCCUACCUUCCUCACCUGUCCUCUAGCAUGGCCCUUGGAGGAUUUACUCACCAGAAUAUCAUCAUCAUCAGCAAUGAUGAGUUUAGGAAUUAUGUAUCAUUAAAGGCUUUAAAUGAUUCCUUUGACAGUUCAAUGAUGUCUGUUACCUCUUUGAGGGAAAGUUAUCUUCUUUUAACCUCAGUAUGUAUAAAGAAUUAG